AUGUCUUCUUAUUUCUGCAUGAGCUGGAUUCUUCUGGUCCUGUGUACAGGCCCCGCAGUAUCAGGAUCGGUUGUGAAAGGCCACGUUGGUCAGAAUGUCACCGUGCCCUGCUUUUACAGCGUUCAGGGGCCACACGACAUCACAUCCAUGUGCUGGGGUCGCGAUAGCUGCCCUGCUUCAAAAUGUUCUCGGACCAUUAUCUGGACAGAUGGAUGGAGGGUGACAGAGCGGUCCAGCAGCAGGUAUCUGUUGAAAGGGAACCUGUCGAUGGGCGAUGUGUCCCUCACCAUCGUGGACGCUGAGGAAGCAGACAGUGGGGUAUACUGCUGCCGCGUGGAGAUCUUGGGGUGGUUCAAUGAUCAGACAAGUAAUCACAACGUUGUGAUAGAGAAAGCUAGGAUCUCUACUGCAAGUCCUCACACAUACACCUCUGAACAGACCUCAGCUCCUGGGAGCACCAGCAAAUCAUCCGCUACCGUCACAAGAACGUGGCUGUCGGUUUCUUCUUCAGAAGCUCCUCAGACUGCCUCUGGUCCCUGCUCAAGCACCUCGGACUGCUUGGAUGUAACCUCAAACCUGCAGAACGUGUCUGUAUCACUUCCCAAUCAGCAGUAUUCAGAAAAUGGGCUAUACAUUGGGAUCGGUUUAUGUGCAGCACUUCUUGCCAUCCUUAUUUUGGCUCUGUUCCUCACUAGACAAUAUUUAUACAAUACGAAGAAGACAGGUGACUUCACAAAUGCCUUUCAUGAAGAAAUAUUCAAACCAGAUGCUAAUGUGGGUAUUGGCUGUAAACACCAAGUAAAUUUGGUCAUGAGGAGUAGAGCUGUACAUUGGAGACUGCCAACACUUGUCUUUCCUUCUUCUUCCUUGACAGCGCACACUGCAUCCGAAGCUGUUGUCAGAGGAGUUACAGGGCAGCCUGUUCAGCUGCCUUGCUUCUACCGGGUGGCUCAACGUAGGGACAUCUCCGAUGUGUGCUGGGGCAGAGGCCCGUGCCCAAAUUCAAAGUGCAAUAACAAAAUUUUGCACACCACUGGCAAUAGGGUGUCAUUCAGACAAUCUCAGAGAUACAGUCUCCAGGGCUAUAUUUCCUACGGAGAUGUGUCUCUCACCAUUGGGAACCUGAAGGCAGAAGAUGCAGGUACAUACUGCUGCCGCAUAGAGGUCCCAGGCUGGUUCAACGACAUCAAAAAGCACAUACGGCUGGAGGUGGUCAGAGCCCCUCCAGUGAGGACAACCACCACGAGAAAGACUCCUGUUCCCACCAGAAGCUUUAGAAAAACAACUUUUGCUCCCCAAACAACCUCUGAUCGUCAAACAGCAGCAGAGACUGCUGUCCUCUUGACAACCACCGUCCUCCCAGCAACAACUGCAGCCACCAAGCCUCCAGCAGUAGUUACACUGGAGACCACUGCUCCCCCAACAUUUGCUGUGACAGCAACCGAUACUUUUCCAGAAACUAUGGUGACGACCAGUGCUGUCCCAGAUUUUUCAACUGAUGUCCAAGCAGCUGAUAUGAGUACUGAAGAUUAUGAUGUGUUCUGCUCAACGGAGCCUGUUUCUCUUCCUGGAGUGACUGCCAAAUUCCCAAGUACACUUCCAACUUCAGAGGGAAUUGAUACUGGUGCUGAUACUUCUCUCAUGGUUGAAGGUGUCCCAACUGCAGCAACAACCCCACCAGCACCAACCACCCUUCACACCCUGAAGAGAACCCUCACUCCAGGGAUUUCGGCAAGUUCAGAUGACAAGGCUGAAAAACAUGAUGAUAGUGGAGAUAAGUUUCCCAGCUAUGCCAUUCUCAUUGCCUGUGUCAUAGUGGUGUCCGUUCUUUUCAUACUGAUGCCUUCAUUGUUCUUUUGGAAACGUAAACACACAAAGAAGUUUAUAAUGAAAAGCCCAGCGGAAGACGUUGAAAAAAUUUUCAGUGGUGCUGAAGGAGAAAACAGCAUUUUUUCCCUGUGA